GUGUAACAAGAGAGUAUCACUAUACUCCGAUAAAUCCAAAUCCUCCCAUACGAAAUCCUCUUCCCACCCCUUCAGAAUUUGAUACAGCAAGCAAUAACUGAGAAUUAGUUAAAAAAAUUCUCAUAUUGGUCUGGUUCUGAUGGUAAAGCAGGCCCAUUUACCAACAAAAGAGGACCCACCGCUGCCACCUCACCUCAUCGUUCUUAGUUUCUUGCAGAGAAGACGACAGAACCACUAAACCCUAAUCGUUUCUGCAUAUCUAUUCCUCACCAAAUCGGUGCUAAUAACAUGGACCAACGCGACGCCGUUUCUUCUCCUUCAUUGACUGAUGAAACAUUAGCCAAAGCCCUAACAUCAUCGUUGUCGCUUCACGCGCCACCACAACUUCCCACUCUUCCUUUGGAUCUCAUUUCAGAAAUUCUAACUAGACUUCCAGUGAAGCUCCUCCUUCAACUCCGAUCUGUCUGCAAGUCAUGGAAUUCUCUAAUCUCCGAUUCCAAGUUCGCCAUGAAACACCUCCGUCUCUCAAAUACGCACCUCGUCCACACCUCAAUCAACUCAAGCAAUUAUGUUCUAAAGUCUUACCCACUCGACUCCGUUUUUGAUGAUGUAACCACCAACCCCAUCGUGCAGGUAGAGUUUCCUUCCGACGUUUCUGUUUACCAUGUUGGCUCAUUCAAUGGCAUCCUAUGUCUUUUAAGUGAUUUUGGAGACUACAUGAUUCUUCGAUUGUGGAACCCUUCCAUUAGAAAAUUUAAGGAAUUGCCCUCUCUUCAAAAGCAACAAAAUCAUUUUCGUCAGGAUUUAAUCUAUGGCUUCGGCUAUGAUGUUAUUACUAAUGCAUACAAUGUGGUGGUUGGUUUACGAGUACGUGAUACGAGUGCUAAGUUUGUUGACAACCAUGAAGUGAAGGUUCAUACUUUGGGCACCAAUUCUUGGAAAACCAUUCAAAAAUUUCCUUUUGGCUGUGUUCCUUUGCAACUUUUGGGAAAAUUUGUGAGUGGCACGAUCAAUUGGUUGGUCUAUAAUGAAUAUCAUAAAGAAAUUCAGAUUGUUUCUCUAGAUUUGGGAAACGAGUCUUAUAAAGAAGUUUUGCUGCCUAAGGAGGUAGAUGUAUCUACUUUGCGUUGGCACCUGGGUGUGUUGAGGGAUUGUUUGUGCCUGGUUUUUGGUCAUGAUGUUUGGAUUAUGAAGGAACAUGGAAAUAAAGACUCUUGGACUAAAUUGUAUAGUGUUUCUUACAUGCGAGAUCAUCUUUCAUCUUAUGCCACUAUCGAAGUACUACAUAUUUUUGAGGAUGGCCGUGUGUUGUUGGAUUCUAUUUCUACAGAGGAAUGUACAAAGAAGUUGGUUUUUUACAAUUCUAGAAAUGGUACUACUAAGUUUAGUGAGCCGAAAAUCAUGCAUGACGUAUGCGUUGAGAGUUUGAUAUCGCCUUGUUCUUAA